ACUGGUGCCGGCCGCGGCCAUUUACCAAAGGGUCGACGGUGAAUUCCGAUACGGAGGAGCUCGUGCUCAUCUUAUGACUGUGUUGUAACUAGUAGGUAGAGGCACUUAAUAAUCAUUAUAAUCAGAGUAGAAGUUUUUAUCUUAUAUAUAUAACAUUGUUCUAUUUCCACGAUUAAGUUAAUUUUCGAUGACCUGUACAGGAAGCUAGAACAGCGUACGUUGAAGACACAAAGAUUUUCGCUCAUUUUAAGCACUGUUCUUUUUGCUUCAAAGUUUAUUUGAUGUUUAUCUUCUAACUCGUCACGGAAUGGGUCUCAUGGAGAGCCAAAUAAUAGAUGAUGAUGAUCCGGCUACGAGUGUUGAUGCAUCGCGACAAGGUGCGAGCGCGACCACGCGUUCUUGGCUUGACGCGAUUCGCUGUAUUGGUGCAUCGCUAGGGGCUGGCUCGACAAGAUU